CCAUCCCGACUCCUAGAUCUUCAGGAGUUUGAGAACGGCCGCAUUUGUCUUGUUAACACCACUUCUUUGCAAACCCCACUGCCGGAAUAUUUUACCCUCAGUCAUUGCUGGGGAAAGCAUCAAUCACUCAAGACGACUCAACUCACUCUCGUGAAGCACCAAGAAGGGCUGUCGGUUUCUGAUUUACCGAGAACUUAUUCAGAUGCCAACAAGGCUGCCCGACGCCUAGGAGCGCAAUAUCUAUGGAUCGAUUCACUGUGCAUUGUUCAGGACUCAAAUGAAGAUUGGGAGCGAGAAGCUCAGGCCAUGGCCUCUAUCUAUCAGAAUUCAGCCUUAACAAUCUCGGCGACUUCAUCUUCCGACGGUCAGGGCGGAUGUUAUCUCGAAAGACAUACUGGAACUAUCGAGGCUAUUUCUAAAACGACUCAGAACGGGUAUCGUUAUUCCGUUAAGCUCCGAGAUCGAAUAGUGGGGAAGAACAUCGCGAAGCCUUUACUUAAAAGGGGCUGGGUUCUUCAAGAAACCGUACUCUCUCGACGCAUCUUACAUUUGACAUCGAAUCAAAUUUUCUGGCAGUGCAAAGAAUGCUUCCUCUCGGAAGAUGGCUCCGUUGCACAAGAUGAUACUGGGAGUAGGAUAGGACUCUCCACCCAAGGAUUGGGAUUCAUCUCUGAGAUAGAUGUAAGCGAUAAAACCUCUCGCACCCGGAUGUCGAUGUGGCACACCUGGAUUGAAGACUAUAGCAAUCGAACUUUUACCUACGAAAAGGAUAGACUCCCUGCUCUAGCUGGUUUGAUCCAGUAUUACCAAGUGAACACCAAAGACACACCUCUGAUUGGACUCUGGAUUUCAACACUUCAUCUCGACCUGGCUUGGUCGGUAGGCGAUCCAGAGCAGGCCGGUAAACUAGUCGAAUUGCCCUCGUGGACUUGGAUCUCUGUACGCGGAGGGAUCGACUAUUCUUCUGCCGACGACAUUGAC